AUGAGUGAACAAACAGAAAAUUCACGGUUAGAAGACUUAUCCCAGCAUCAAGCAUCUUCAACUGAGAUCACUCUAAACGAAGAAGAAGUUCCUCAGAUCCUUAAUUCUUUACAAGGAGAAGCGAUCUCAAAAAUACUCGAAGAAGACUAUAUUGGUGCAAUUUCUAUACUAAAAAGAUGUGAAGAAAUUCUAGAAUCCGUGAUAACUCAUGGAGGAAAAACUGAUCCUGACCAAGUCCUUGCAACUUUGCAUAACUUGGCUCUUUGUUUUCAAAGAUUAGGAGACUUAGAAAAAUGUGCUGCUUAUCUUGAUGGCUGCUUAUUUAAUUUAAAUUCUUUUCAAGUCAUGACAAGUGAGAAAUCUCAAAUUUUGAAUGAAAUUCGAAGAAAUACUUAUAAAUCGAAAAUUCAUAUACAGUCUUGUGCUGUUUUAUCACAGAUGAAGAAGCAUAAAGCUGCAUUAACUCAUGCACAAAACUCAUUUAAGGCUGUAGCGAAUUGUGUGAAAAUGACAAUAACUGCUUCUGGCUUGCUGCUUAAAUCGUUAAAAAAUAAGCCUCCAGACCUUGGCAAACAAAUACAUAAAAUAAUAAACUCUGCAGUUCCGACAAUAAAAGUUCUUGAAAAUUUCAUAAAGACUGGAAAACUAAGCCAUCCACCUAAAAUUCGAUCAGUUUUAGGAGUAAAAUCCCACCCAGACUGGCUUGAUUCUUUUACAAUUGCAGAUGUCAUGCUUAUGCAGCCUAUAAGUUCAGAAGAACUUAAGAAAUCAAUCGGAAUGCAAGCUGAAUUCACAAAAGAUUUUAUUCUCUAUAAAGUUUGCUUGCUUGCUAUAAGCAAUUUUUGUGUUGCUACAGAAAUUCAAUUUAUCCAUUCAAACCAAAUUUUCAGAGAAAAAAAUGAUAAAGAAGCAGAACUUUACCAUGAAAAAUCAAUUGAGCUCCUCCGAGUUUUUUUCCCUCCUGAAAGUCCUCUUCUAAAGCACAUCCAAGAAAGCUACAUUAAAAGGUUUAUGGACUCUACAAUUGAAGAACAAACUAUGCCUCUGAUCUCUGCUAAAACUAAACCAAAUAAAAAAGCUCGAACUAUUUCUAAAACUCCUACCCCAAGAAUUGACAAACUAAAAAAUGAAAUAAGGCCAGGGACAAUUGGAGGCUUUAAAACGUCUCAUAUGAGAACUGCAACUCCUACCCAGGAAUUCAGAGUUAGCUCUGACAAAAGACGACACCGAAGUGAAGACUCGUCACGACUCCUUGCAUUCCAUCAUUUAGAGUAA